UUUCUCCAUUUUCCUGUGGAGGAGGAAACGAGAGCAACGACAAUAAGCCAUAUUUUCUUUUUACGUACCUCCUUGUUCCUUUGACUCACGCUGCUCAGCUUCUUAGCUGAUAUCUGCUUUGCGAAUUAACUCCAGUAAGAGGCGCUGGUCAGCCGCUCCGCGCAGUCCAAACCUUCUCUCCGUUUCUCCCACUUUCCCCCUCGGUGUUAGCUAGCUAACUGACCCAGGCGACGGUAACUCUGUCCCGCCACCCGCACGCCGACAUGCCGGAGUACCUGGACGACCCGUCUGUGCUCACCAAGGACAAGCUGAAGAGCGAGCUGCUGGCUCACAACGUGGAGCUCCCGAGCGGUAACCCGAACAAGGACGUGUAUGUGCAGCUUUAUCUCCAGAACCUGACCGUUCACAACAAAAAACAUGUCACGGCCACGACUCUGGACGCCUUCUCCAGCGACGAGGAGCUGCCGCCGCCCGUCGUCUCCAGCAGAAGUCGCUCCUCUGGCAGGAAAGCCACCAGGAAAACAGACAAGGUUCUGCCAGACGAGCUGGAUGUGACCCUGCUGAGCGAUGAGGGCCUGAAGGACGAGCUGCUCAAGCACGGAGUGGACGUGGGGCCCAUUGUGGCGUCCACCCGUAAGGUCUAUGAGAAGAAGCUGCAGAGGCUCCUGGAUGACGGUCCUGCACAGCUGCCUCAGCCAAAGCUGGUUCUCACUGAGAUACAAGUCAACCACAACCACAACGGCAACUCCGAAUCAGACCUGUACAGUGACAAGGAGGAUGAAGUGGCAGUCCCACCAGAAGAACCAGAACCUGUGGCAGAACCUGAACCAGAACCUGAACCAGCUCCAGUGGUGGAGAGACCGGUGAGGAGCAGAGGGAAGACGCCCGUCACCACCCGCACCCGCAGCAGCCAGCACCAAACGGUUGAGAAAAUUGCAGCCAGCGAGCAAGCCCCCAAAGUGGUGGAGACUGACAUUCUGAAGGAGCUGUUCCCCAAUGACAUCAAUAGUCCAACAGGAAUCACCGCCACCUGUCGACGACCCAUUAAAGGAGCUGCCCGGCGUCCAAUCAAGUCCAGUGACCUGUGGAACGACGAAAACUUCCUCUUCUCUCCAAAAACCACCAAGACAACCAGCUCCUCCUCCACCUACACAGAGAGCUGCAUUGUCAACAGAGUCAGCAGCCGGCCACCCUCUGCCUCUUCUACCUCCACCUCCUCUUUCACUACCACCUCCGCCUCCCCUUCCUCCAGGCUUCUGUCUGCAGCUCCCCCUGCAGGUCAGACCAAAGCAGCGCCCCGUGGCAUGUCUCUGUGGAUAAAGCUGUUCCUGCUGGCCAUUGUGGCUGCCUUCCUGUUCCUGGUUUACCAAGCCAUGGAGACCAACUCCAUCAACCCUUUUGGCACCUCAGACACAGAAGUGGCCAGCAGUGGCAGCACAGCAUAGAGAGCACAGGAAGAAUCUGAGGGAGAAACGGAAGCCUGUCUGCUUCUAUUUUUUCUUUUUUUUUUCUUCUUUUUUUUUUCCAAGUGUGAAUCUGCAUUGUAGCCAUUUUGUUCCUGGGCGCUGUGAAAUCAUCUGACAUCUUUGUCCUUUUUUCCUCAAGAUUUUGUCUUUUUCUUUCAAUUUCUAAAUCAGUUUUCAGUGAAUACCUUAAGAGACGCGACUUAGCCGUUUCAUUGACACUUCAGUGAUCUCCAUGACAUGUUGUGAAAGGACAGUGCCUCCCGUGCCGUCGGUCUGUGAGGUUACGACAAAGCCAGCCACACACAGUAGCUUUCAUAGAAAUAUGUGAACUCACUUUUUAUUGCCAUGUUUUUUUAUGUCAUGUUUUCAUGGUGCGUGUGUGUACGUAUGUUUGUAUUGAAUGCGUGUGGUUGCGAUUUUUUUUUUUCACACUUUGCCUUAGUGUCUGUCUCUGUUGGUCAUUAACAGCCUUGAAGAUGGAGUUUGAACCUGUAUUUUUGUUUUGUACCUUACUUGACCAUCUUUGUUAAUGAGACAGGGAGGCUUGUUAUUAUAAUCCAAAUAUUUCUGAAUAUUCUUAAACCCAAAACCAAUAUUUUCUUAAUGUUCUCUUCUAAUAAACUGAAUGUCCCUAUGUAUUCUACUUUAUUAUGUAUUCACUGUCACAAAUACUGAAUAUCCACUCAAUAAAAUAUUAUGUUGUU